AUGAAAGUACCCUUUACCUCACAACAAAACCAGCAAUCUGUGAGUUCAAAGUCGAUCAAUACUGCUCGGAAUACCACUUCUCAGGGCUCCGGCAACCUGUGCUACGAACCCAAAUCGGUUCGUGAACUCUGCCCAAGUCCCAGUCCGGCGGGAGACAAACCGGUGGCUAAAACUGAAAUCUCGACUGUUUCUGAUCAUACUGUGUGGCAAUUGUGUCAGUCUGAUGACUCUCUUCAGGUAGACGACCAUGUUCUGAACCACUUGGAGGAUUGGAUGAAAGAAUUUGGUCUUCCUGAUGAUUCAACCCCUGGUUUGAAAUUGAAUUCCCAACUCACUCACAGCGAGACUCAGUAUCAAGGAGCUCUUCCCGAAUUUGCCCAACCUCACAUGUUUGAAGCAACUCAGUUCAUCCCCUCCGAUUUCAAUCUCUCUCAUGGGGGCUCAUACCCACCAUUAAACCACAAUUCCAACACGGUUGACCUCUCGAAUGAUCUCCACCAUAUGAACCAAUGGAAUGUUGGGUUCGAUUAUGUGGACGACCUCAUCCGAGUCGCCGAGUGCUUCGAAACCAACUCGUCCCAAUUCGCGCACCUGAUAUUGGCGCGGCUCAAUCAACGCCUCCAAUCACCCACCGGAAAACCCCUCCAGAGAGCUGCUUUCUACUUCAAAGAAGCUCUCAAGUCUCUCCCCACCGGACCAACCCCCCCUGCCACUACCUCUGAAAUCAUCCACACCAUUAAAGCUUACAAAAUCUUCUGCAACAUCUCUCCUAUCCCCAUGUUCUCCAGCUUCACCGCCAACCAAGCCAUCCUCGAAGCCGUCGAUGGCUCGAUUGUCGUCCACGUCAUUGACUUUGACAUCGGAAUCGGAGGUCACUGGGCCUCCUUCAUGAAAGAGCUCGCGGAUAAAGCCGAGUCUCGAAAAUCUAACCCACCGGCUCUUCGAAUCACAGCUUUGGUUCCUGAAGAGUACGCAAUUGAAUCACGAUUGAUCAGAGAAAACCUAAUCCAAUUCGCUCGUGAACUCAAUAUCGGAUUCGAAAUCGAUUUCGUUUCGAUUCGAACAUUUCAGUACCUAUCUUUCAAAGCCAUCAAAUUCGUCGACGGAGAGAAGACCGCCGUGCUUUUGUCUCCGGCGAUCUUUCAACGCAUUGGGGGUGGUUUUGUGAAUGAUCUUCGGAAAAUCUCACCCCAUGUGGUGGUGCUCGUGGACAGUGAAGGCCUGAUGGGAUUUGGGGUGUCGUCUUUGCGUCAGUGCGUCAUCGAUGGCCUUGAAUUUUAUUCCACCGUGUUGGAGUCGUUGGAGGCGUGGAAUAUCAGCGGCGGCGGGGGUGGUGGUGAUUGGAUUCGGAAGAUUGAGAUGUUUGUGCUGCUUCCGAAGAUUUUCGAGGCGGUGGAGGCGGCUAGCCACCCUGGGACGCCGUGGAGGGAGGCGUUUGCUGGGGCGGGGUUGAGGCCGGUUGGGCUGAGUCAGUUCGCUGAUUCUCAAGCUGAGUCAUUAGUGGGCAGAAUCCAAGUCAGAGGUUUCCACGUGGCGAAACAACAGGCGGAGAUGGUGCUUUGCUGGCAUGAGAGGCCACUGGUUGUCACGUCGGCUUGGAGGUGUUAG